AUGAUUCCGCGCCACGCCCACAAGCGAUCGCUGUCCUCCGGGCAUCGCUCUCUCUCCCCGGACAAGACCGUCACAAAGGCCAAAUCCACCACCAAUCUUGCUGAAAUCGCCUGGCAGGGCGAAAAUGAACCAAGCGAAAAAUUCGAAGAAAGCAUUUUCAAUACCUUGCAGGACCCCCGACUGGCGCACGGAUCCGAGGUCUCACAAUCGACGUCAUCGUCUCACCACCCCGAUUUGAGCAAUGAGGUCGCGGCUCUCAGUGUGAAGCUGGUCCAGGCGAUUAACAACCAGACCACAUUGGAUGACAAUCUGGUUGCUACCCGUCAGGAAUUAGAGUUGGCCCAGGGCAAAGUCAAGGCCCUCGAGUUUCAAAACGACAAAUACCGACGAGACAUUGCCGAAAAAGUCUAUGUGAAAAGGUCCGAUGCCGAUCGCGAAAUUCUGCGAUUGAAAACCGCUCUCGUGGAGGAGAAAGCUCAGCGCUCGGUGGCCGAGAAGGGAAAGAAAACCAUUGAGCAGGAGCUGGAGACUCUCACGGCUGCUCUCUUUGAAGAGGCCAACAAGGUCUGUCCCCCUUCGCCCUCUCACCCCUCGCAAUCUCCUCUGAAUGUGCUUCUGACUGUGUCUCAGAUGGUGGCUGCGGCUAAGAUCGAACGAGAAGCGGUUGAGAAAAAGAACAAGCAAUUGAGGUCGCAAAUCAAAGACACCGAGCUGCUCCUUGCGUCACAUCAAGACCAGCUAGCGGAGCUCAAAUCGGCUAUGCAAGGGAGGCCUUCCAAGGAUGACGUCGAAUCCCGCACAGCCGCUUCUACAGCUCCCCCAUCCCCAGUUGGACCCCCACAGUUGCAGAUCUCUGCCAAGCAAGAGCCCGAGAUUGACUCCGUUCCUGCACCGUCCUGCGACCCCGAGGAAUUGGUACCCGGCCCGUCCUGUAGUUUCCCUCAGAUGAUCCGCAUGGUGUGCCGGACUGAUCUGCAGGCCUACGAGGAUUUCCGGGAUCUGAUGGUUCUCUCUCGGAGCUCCAAGCCUGCCAGUCGGGCUGGCAGUGGAUCCUACGGGGGAUUGAACGUGAUGAGCUUGGCAGGGUUUGCAACUGGUGGAUCUAACUCGGCAACUUCCUCCCCUUCUAAGGGGAAUACCCAUUCUCCCAAUGGGAGUGUGUCCUCGCAAAUGGGCUCUCAUAUUCCUCUUAAAGAAUCCCGCUUCUACAAGCGGGUCCUCAUGGAGGAUAUCGAGCCGACCCUGCGGCUCGAUUUGGCUCCGGGGAUUUCGUGGCUUACUCGGCGGACUGUCAUGAGCGGAAUCUGCGAGGGAAGCCUUGUCGUGGAGCCAAUGCCCAAUGCCACCAAGAGAUUUGAACUCCCGUGUUCUGUCUGCGGUGAACGCAGGCCUGGCUUGCACAACGAGAGAACCCACCGUUUCCGAACUUCUGAUAGCGAGACAGCGCAAAGAUACCCAUUGUGUCUUCUUUGUCUGGAAAAAGUGCGUUCGUGCUGUGAGUUCACCGGCUACUUGCGUCUCAUCCUGGACGGACAUCUUCGCCCUGGUGACGACGAAGAAGAAAAGGAAAUUUGGGAGGAAACUAUCCAUUUACGGGAGAGAAUGUUUUGGUCUCGGGUCGGAGGCGGAGUCCUUCCAUUGUUAAGUCGGCCCGCCGAAUUGGAAGCCGAGCCGGAGAUUGAGGAGCCAAACACUGAUGCUGUCCAAGAGCAUUUCGAGGAGCAUCGGCUACACAUUGUGGACCACACAAGCCUCGCACCUAAGACAGUUGAAGUGUCUCCAGCAGCGGAAUCGACCCAGGCCGUGACUGAGUCUAUUGCGAUUGAAGUUUCUGUGCCUCAGACAACUGGCCUUGAUACUCCUACUGCUGCUCUCGAGUCACCCGAAUCACCCGCAAGUGAAGCUCCCGUGGAUGAACCCGACACGAAGCAACAGACUCUCGAGCCUCAAAAUUUCGAUCUGGAGAAAGACGAGACGGACUCGGCCCAGUCUGUGACUGAGCCAGUUACAACUGAGGUUCGCAUACCCCAAACAACUGGAACUGAUGCUCCUACUCCUGCCCCUGAAACUUCUACAAGCGAGGCUCCUAUAAUUGAAACCGAUGCCACGAAGCCCCAGACCCCGGAACCUCGAAACAUCGACCUCGAGAAAGAUGAGGCUCCAAGCAAGGCACAGUCGAAGAGGACUUCCGUCCAUUCUGAAGUCAGCGUCUACGAAGAGGCUAAUGCCGACGUGGCGGCGGAGACCGCAGAGACUGCAAAGACUGCAGAGAGCGCAGAGAGCGCAGAGAGCGCGAAGAUUGCGGAGACUGCGGACCCUGCCGUCGAUCAGUCCUCCAGUACCCAGGGCCAAGAGACCACCGAAGCCACUCCUGGCCAGAACAGUUCUUGA